CGCGAUUCGACGACGAUGUCUCGCUCUCGCUGUGCUUUUCUUAAGAUGUGUGUUUUCAGUAAAACAACCUACGAGAGAAGACCACGCUGAUCCUCAAAAGUCUUUCUGUCAGCACUGAAGAUGUUCGCAAAAGCCACUAAGAACCUGCUCUCUGAGAUAGACUCUGAAGGUUUCCUGAUCCCAGUGUUGUGCCUGAAUGACUCGGACGGUCUGAGUCCUCAGGCGCUGGUCAUCAAGCGUAAUCGAUACUGGUUUUGGCAGCAACCCAAAUACAUGCCAACAGACUUCAAACUGAGUGAUGUUCUUGUUGGUGAUCCCAUAAAUCCAGUUGUGGUUGAAACUGAAUUUUUGACCUAUAAAGGCAAAGUCAUGGAUAAUAAAAGUGGAAGUGCUGUAGCAGAACUUGGGCCGGGGACUAUUAAUAUAGGUGGCUCUGGUUCAAGCAAACUUCAGUCAUCGUUUGGAAACUUAAAGAAACAGGAGCUAGAUUUGCAGAAGCUCUUACAGGAUUCCAAAUCCAGAGUUUUGGACCUGCAGCACUCUCUGAUCCAACAGACACGGGACGCAAAGACAGAGGUGUUGGCGGUAGUGAAGGAACGAAUCAUUACCACUCAGCCCUGCACCAUCACUGAGGAGGUUCAGGAAGGUGGUUCCUGCUCUGGAAUGUUUGGGUUCAAUAAGACAAUAAAGGUUUCAGCUAAUGAUAAAGGAAAGCCUUUGAUUGCAUACGACACUGAUGUGUCUAUCGACAUCCCCCCCAAAACCACCCUUGCUUACAGAGUGAUUGAAUUAGACGUUUCUCACACAGGACACUAUGAACUGUGUCUGCUGCCAGCAGUCAAAGGUGGAUUUGAAAUUGAUGGCCCAAUCAAGGUAAAACAAGCAGCCACAGUUAGUGCUGCACCAGGGAAUCCAAUCCACAACAUGCAGAAAGAACUUGUAGGACUCCAAGGCCAGUUUACAGUUCUGUCUAAACUGUCAUCUAGCACACGCUUCUCGUUAUUCCAGCAGAUCUCUCUACUCCUGCAGAACAGCACAGCUAUUAGCAUUUUGGAGAGCACACUAGAGGACCUGUGUGGAGGGACGGAGCCUGAUCCCAGUACAUUAGCUGAGGUGCCUGACCUGAAGGUUACACUGGAGCUCAUACAGAAAAGUGCUGGUAAAAAACCCUCUGGACAACAUCAGAAACCAAACACACUUACUGCCACACACCUGCUUAUCAGCGCUCUAGACGAGAUGAGCAAGCCAGCACUCUUCCAGCUCAAAUCCUGCUGCAGUUACACAACCCUGCAAGCUCUGCACCAUCUUGUGCAGAAUAUGGCUUUGAAUAAAAAAUCCUCUCUGAAAGACGCUGCUCUGGAUGUUUUAGCCGAUGAGGAGGUUUUCAAAAAAAUUACAUCACUCUUUAAUUCCUGCAAUGUGAUGCUGUUCAAGGAGGACAAUUCACUUGUUACAAAAAUCAGCAACCCAGAAGAUCGUCUUCCCCUAAUGUUGUGUGUUGCAGUCAAAGGUUUGGCUUCUCUAGCACCCCAUGCCUGACAAUCUGUUGUAACUUAUGAAGACCAAAGGCCCAACAAAGUGUCUCACUGCAGCCUGCAGUGAACAUCCAACCCCGCCAACAUCCAAGAGUCAGAAGCCACUGCCUCCUCACUGUAGACUGUAGCACAAUGACAUACUAGAUCAAGUCCAAUAUGUAAUGGACAUGUAUUUUGUAAGGGGUUGUAGCUAGAAACAAGAAUUACUUGUAUCAUUUAUAAAAUUACCCAUUACAAUGUGUGCUGUUAUGCCUACACCUACCCCAAACCUAAAUCCAACCGUUACAGUUAUUAAGCAUGCGCAUUACAAUGUCCAAUGUGACACUUGGAUGUGUGCGGGGUUGCAUGUUUACUGCAGGCUGCAGCGAGACCUACUUGACAAUCUACAAACUGAAAAAGAAACAAAGUAAUAAUCAAGCCCUACAUUGCCUUGAAGCCUGAUCUAUACUUUUGCCUGGCGCCGCAUCAUGCACCUCCACUGACAGCUCACGUACCUCACAAAACGGACGAAGCUUUUAUACUUGAUGCGUUUGCCGUUGUGAAAAUGACAGGGGGCAGUCAAAAGAAACCCACCGUAAAAUCAGACGGAUAAACAGAGAAGUAGGAAGUUUUCGGAACUACAUCAUAUCAUUAAUAUCGUUUGAGAAUUUUAAACUAAUUAUUUUGAUUAUUUUAUUGAUUUUUUAAGAUUUUUUAUAACCAUUCAAGAUUUUUUUUAAAUCAAACUGAUGCAUCACGUGCUUCUGUUCAUAUCUCAGACAGUUCUACCUAAUAAAGUUUAUUAAAAUAUUACUGACAAUUUUUAGCCAAUAAUUUUUGUCCAUCUGAUUAUCCCUAUAAUCACACAUGGAUAGAUCAUAAAGAUGUCUAUACAGGCGUACAUGUUUCAGACAAAAUCUAUUCAAAAUGAUUCAUUACUCAACUCAAAUGAAACGCGGAGCCGCGUGAAUUGUUCGCCCGAGUUUCAAAAAAAAAAAAAGUCAUGCACUCCGCCAGCUAAAAUCAUGUCGAGCGAACCUCUGCAAACACAGCGAUGACAUCACAUUUGCCUCGUGCACCCAAAGUGAACCUCCGCAAACAUCGUGAUGAUGUCACAGUUGCCGUGUGAACUAGUCGAGUGUAAACCAGGCUUGAGGCUAUAUACUGGGCUAUGAACUUCUGCGUCAAGCAUAUGCGUAUCUGCUUGUUAAGUGUGACAUCACACGAAGUGGCUUCCGGGUCCAAGCGCUCUGUCAAACUGUGGAGACUCAACAAAUAGUAAUAAUAAAUGUUUACAAAGCAGUGUAAUACUUUUAAUAAUCUUGAUCACAAUACAUAUAUAUCCAUACCUUAUAUCCGAUGGCCAGAAAGUGAUUAACAAUUUAUAAAAAAAGUUAAAGUAGAAUGUUGUGUACACAAUAAAUUUAUAUAAAAUUCACUUUAAUGUGUGAGAAGACUAAAAAGUGGUCAUAAACGAAUAUUUUCUCAAUUCAAAUGAGUAGCGCCUUGGACCCGGAAACAGAAUUUCUUACGUCACCGAUACAUCACAACUUAACAAGCGGAUGCCCAUGGUGCAGCCUUUGAAGGGGUCGUAACAACGCAUAGCGCAAGCUCUGUGAUUGGUAAGCUUGGUAGCUCUAACCAGUGUGGGCGGGGCCAACAGCCGUGCGAACCCAUUGGAGCGAGUGUUUACAAGUGUCAAGUCCUGUGAAGGAGCUCCAGGGGGGUAUUCCAGAAAGCUGAGUGAACUUACCAUCUGCUUAACCCUGAACUCUCAGUUGAUUAACCCAAAACCUGCUUACUGUGAGUAUGUCGGUUCCAAAACAGCUGAUGAGAGUUAGUUAAAUAAACCUCUUGAAGAUAACCGAGGGUUAAUGCGCACGCACGGCGCAUACCUGAUGACAUUUUCAGUAGAUUGACAAAUUCACGAGUAACCAUAGAAAGUUACGGUGAGAAAAAAGGGCAACACACUUUACAAAGGUGGAGUUGAAGGUUUUAAUGGCCGAUUAUAAAGAUAAAACAAUACACCUCUGCUUCAACGAAGGAAAGAAAUAUAAAAAAUAGAUAAGAAAAGAAUAAAUAAGAGAAUGUUAGUUUAUUAAAUUACACAUGCCACCCUCCCUUUUAUUGCAAUGAAAAAAUUAAAUGUAAAUUAAACAUGCUUUUAAAGUAUGUUGUGUAACCAUUCAUGCAUUAAAUGUUCCUGCCAUAAACUUCUUAAGGCCACAAUAAUAGUGUGUAUUGACUAGUAUAUAAGGCUUAUAGAAGUUGUAAUCCUUUUGGAGCUAGAAGAACUCGGUCCGAAGUCAAAAUGAAACAAACAUUCUCUUAAAAGAUAAUAUUUGAUUACUGGAGCUGUAUUAAACAAUCUAGAAUGUUCUUUCUGUCAUGUAGCUUUCUGACAGGAGGCUAAGGCCUGUCUAACUGCUGUGGGCCCCCAAAUAACUCUGAGGAGCUGCUCUGUCCCUUAAUAAAGGCUAAUCAGUGGUUGAAUUAUUUGACUUUAAACUACAUAGAGAGAAAGAAAAAGAAAAUUUAAUUCUCCACGAGAUUCGAAUUCGCUCCGUUGUGAACACCGUUGUUCUUUAAUGGUGCACUGACCACUACGCUGUUGCCUCGCUCUGAAACGUGUGUGUAAUGAUAUGCAGAGGUUUAUGGCAGAGGAACUGUACAAAAGUGUAUUAAACAGUUCAGUGCCAGGCAUACUGUACAGAUAGUUCUACACGUUAAUGCCACAUUGUACAGUAAAAUGCCCUGACGCAAAAAAAAAAAAAAAAAAAAAAAGCUGGACUGAAUGUUUUCUAUGGCGAGCGCAGACCCGCAGUUUGUCACAUGUUUUUUUUUUUUCAAAGGUUUUUAAGUGAAGUUUCACAAACUAAUUAAUUAGAAGAAAAGAAGGUAAGGGAGUCGUUCUAGCUAGGCUACUUAUAGUGAGUUUGGAUUCAUCUGAUUGGCUAACUAAUGAUUGUAGAUGGGUGACCAGCUGCAGUCAACAAUAUCUAAGUGUGAACUCUUGAAAUACAUUAAUGAUUCUUUUGAAAAAGACAACGUUCAUUCAAAUAUCCAUUUGGGUAUGAAAAAAACUAUGUAUUUAUAACUCUCUCAAGAUGAAAAAACUCUUAUAUCUGCUUCUACGUCCAUCAAAAUUCUCAUCAAGAGCACGCAAUGCUCAGUAAACUAUCUGAAACAGACAAACUCUGAAACACAACCUGCUCCAGAGCAGGUUCUCUUUAGAGAGUAAGUUGCUAUAGCUACUUAACAUACCCCAAAAGUUACCUCCGUUUUUGGAACUAAAGCUGAGGUUGUCCACUUACUCUUAAACUUAUCCGGGUAUGUCACACAACCUGCUUUCUGGAAUACCCCCCGGAUGGAACGUUUUGUUUUGUGUUUACCUUAUGAUUAAAGUCAUUGCAUGUCUGCCGGCUAUCGCCUCAGAAUGAGUGAGUUUUAGCUACGUGCACAUUUAAGGUAGCGUUCAGAAAAAAAACAAAACACCCGCGAAGAAACUCAACACAGAGGAACAUAACCUGCUGCCAGACAGCUUUUCUGAAGUGUUAUUGCAGAACAACACAAACAGCGCACAGAAGUAGAAACUCACAGAACGUGCAAGGCUUGCACCGCGGGUCACAGCAAUCACUCGACACAGAAUUUAGGCUUUAGUCAUCGCUAACAUCAUGAAUAAAACUAAACUGCCCUUAAAUAGUUCUGAUUGUUUUAUACAUUAAGUUUAAAUGUCAGUUUUCAUAUCAAACCGUUUAAUAUAUUGUAUAGUGAAACAUUGCACAAUAAAUUGUUUACUUUAUAUGUGGUCUGUUUUCGUAACUCCUCAAUGAAUUUCGUGUCAUCUAAACUUUUGCACACCACAAUAGAAAAGAACUUAAGCACAGUGAUUGAAAAUUAAGAUUAAUUUAUUAGACAGCGGUUUCAUUUCAGAAAAUACAACUCUCUGUAUUGCAAAAUAUAGAAUUUUCAAGUGAUUACACAAGCCUUGAAAAACACACUGGAGCAAGUCGCCAGAGACAAAUCAGUACAUCCCUACAUACAACCAAGAAGACUAGUAGUGAGGCCAGGAAGGCUGUGAUCAUGACACACUUGGUCUAUAGUUCAUGUCAGCCUGUGCCAGUUUGAAUCAAUCUUAGCAAAAUACAGCGCUGGUUCUUUAUACUGUGACAUACAAGCAACACAAUGACUGAGCUCACAACUCUGGGACUUUAAAACCGUGAUAUUUGUUGCACUUUAUUUUCAGUACAUGUACUUGCAAUAUACUUAAGCUAAUUGACAGUAUUGAGAAACACAAGAUCAGCUAGACACAGAACACAUUUUUGCUUUUUGUUUGCCACACAAUACAUCAGUUUGGAAUGAUAAGGUUUUAUCUGCAUUCUGAAAUGUUAAGUUUUAAAGCUUUUACAUUCCAUUAAACAUAAAUAUUAUGAAGAUUAAAUUGUCUAUUAAAAGCCUUAAAAUGUACAAAACUAAAAGUUAAUACAUCAGAUAAAAAUGUAUAAUUGAAGAAUGUGAUGAAUAUUAUCCAACUAGAGAGGUGUUGUAUAUGAAAAAUGGAGUCAAGUGCUGUAUGCAAAUUCACCCCCAUAUCCUCAUUCAUUAUUCCUUAUGAUAGUUCACUAAUGUAGUCCAGUGAAUGAAAUCCAGUGAGUGAACUGUAGCACUGAGUGCACAGAAAGGGAUGCUGUUUUGUUUGUGCUUUGCUGCAAUCCCUUAGAUAACUAUACAGAUAUUAAUUUAACAAUUAAAUCAUUAAACUUUUGCUGAUUGGAUUCCACUGUGGAUGCUAUGGUCAGACGCAAAAAAUAAUUCGGUGCACAAACUCACUGCAUUAUGAGAGUUCUCUGUUGGCUGUACAUCAGUGGUACAAUCAUAAUGAUUGUAAUGUGGCAAGGAUAAAGGGGCAAUUUUGGAUACAGCCUAGGUAGGGGCAUUUUCAACUUAAUCUUUAAGUAUAAUUGUGUGAUUAUUGCCAUAUACAUAGAACUCUGCAAAGAAGAGAAGACCAGUUAAGCUCUUUCUGUCGUCGAUUUAAGGAAGUUCUGAAUUUUCACAUUUAGGAACUAAAAGGAGGAAUAACUACAGCUAUCUGUUAAGCCCGAGAUGCUACAGAGAGUGUGGACUGAGUUCGAGUAUCCGGUAGAUGUCACUCGAGUGUCUGGAGGGGGUCAUAUUGAACAUCUAUGAACUUGUUUUCUACUGAAAAAAAACAACAACCAAGUACUCUUUACAUUGAUUAAUUACCCAAGGUUCCAUCAUGUUUCUUUGAUUAAAUACAGAUUUCCAAA